AGCAUGAGGCGGCGCUUGGCUUCGUGCGCGGGGAGGGAGCGUUUUCCAGCAAGCGGCGGCGGCGGCGGCGCGGUAGCGGGAACUGGGCGGCCGAGCAACCGAUUGCCAUGGCGUUCUGGCAGGCGCGCGAUUUUCUCUUCUGCGGCGUAUGCGGCACCCUCCUCACCUUCGACUCCGUCCACUCCGCCUCCUGCCCUCUAUGCGGCUUCAAGCGCGGUGCCAAAGAGAUGGAAGGGAAACAAAUACAGUACACCAUGACCGCCGAGGACAUUCGAAGAGGGUUAAAGACACUGACGGAGGAAAUUGUUGUGCAAAGACCAAAGACAAAUAAAACCUGUAAAUUUUGCGACCAUCCAGAAGCCGAAUACUACAGCUUGCAGAUGCGUUCAGCAGAUGAGGGAGAGACGAUAUUCUACACAUGUACAAAAUGUGAAAAAAAUUUCAAAGACGACUGAGGGACUUUUCUACCACUUUUACGGAUAUGGUGUUGGUGCUAAAGAAAUUUCCAGCGUUGACCUGACAAAUGAUGUUAAACUAGUAGUUGAAAUCUACUCCUUGACAUUGCUACAUGGAUGCGCAGAUCCAUGCGUUGUGCCAAACUUCUUUUGAUGGACCUGUUUCGUAUUUUAUUCGAGUGGCUUCAAACUUUCCAAUCGCUAUUGAUCUGAGCUGCAUUUUCGAA